AUGGGUAACACCAACGCCAAAGAGUCGCGCUCUGGCGACGCCGGCGCUUCCACGAGCCAUCGCCAUCACCGAACCUCCCUUGCCCCCGCCUUCGACCCCUCGGCCACAUCCAACGAUCGGCCAUCGUCAAGUCACAGGUCCAGGAACAGGGCAAGCCGCAAUGACCUCGGCACUCUGCUGGGCAUCGGCCAGACCUCCUCCUCGAGCUCCCGUCCCGACCCUUCCUACGAACGCCGCGAGACUAAGCAGGAACGCGAGGCACGUCGUCUCGAGCGGGAGAGGAUCCAGCGUGUCAAGGAACGCGAGAGGAGCAUCAGGGAGGAGCAUGUUGACGGCGGAUAUCUAGUGACAAUGGGGGUCUACGUUGGCCCCGAAGACUACAGCAAACAGAUGGUCCGCCAGCUACAGAUUGAAAGGAAAGUAGCUCCUUUCUGGAGAGGCCUUAAUGAUUUCGACGACCAGUGGGCUGAACACCAAAUCAUCGCUGCUGCCCGCGGCCUUCCCAUCCCUCCUGCCGGCCAAACACCGCCUGACGAGUUGAUCCCUCGGCCACUGUCCUCAUCCGCAUCUCCCUCCACCUCCACCCAGAACUUGAACAGCCUCACCGUCCCAAUGGGCCCCAGGACACAGUCCGUGGCAUCCGACAGGAGCGCUUCCAAUGUGGGCUCUGCACUGCCGUCGCCGACCGGUCCGACCACCAAGUCAUCUGCAUCUCCGUUCAAGCCCCGUACCAAGGCACUCGCUGCGGCUCUGAGCCUCGGGUCACGGAAUGGCUCGAGUGCAGAGCUAGCUCCAAGAGAAAUAAAUCUGCCUAACGAUCCAUUUGUGAAUGGACAGCCACUCGAGGUGUUCCUGUACAAAGAGGGCACUGAAUGUCCCAUCUGCUUCCUCUACUACCCCCCAUACCUCAACCACACUCGAUGCUGCGACCAGGCUAUCUGCAGCGAGUGUUUCGUACAAAUCAAGCGCCCCGACCCGCACUUUCCCGAAGGUCAUGGUGAUGGCGAACAGGAGGAACCAACUCCAAACCCGGAGGAACAGAGCGGCCUCUUGAUCUCGGAACCCGCACAAUGUCCGUACUGUCAGCAGACUGAGUUUGGUGUCACAUACGACCCUCCACCUUUCCGCCGGGGUCUUACCUAUGCAAUAUCACCUGCAGGCCUCGGCACCAUGAACACUGCAAUGAGUUCUAGUAGCUCCCUGAACUCAGCAGCCUUGUCGCCGACUCCAAUGACCUCGCCACCUCCAUCUGGUGCUGGCAGGGCGAGAAGACGUACACAGUCACUAUCCGCCAAUGCGCCGAAUGUCAUCACAACCGACCGUGUGCGCCCUGACUGGGCAACCAAGCUUGCCGCGCAACGGAACCAUCAAGCGCGCCGCGCUGCCGCGGCAACGGCAUUGCACACUGCUGCGUUCCUUAUGGGGGAUUCUGGAUCAAGGCCUUUCAGUAGGAUGAGCCGAUUUAGUAGGAGGAACACCAAUAACGAAUCCAACAACGCGGCCGACGGCAAUGCCGGAGCUGCAGCGGCGUCGGGGGCGGCGUCGGGGACUCCCUCAGGCCCAGAGCCUGGCCCAAGACACAGUUCCGGCCGUGGCCUACUGUCUGGGCCUACGAACGACCGGCGCCAAAGCCAUAUGGAGAACCUCGAGAACAUGAUGCUUGCCGAGGCUAUCAGACUUUCGCUGGCGGCCGAGGAAGACCGAAAGCGCAAGGCUGAAAAGGAGGAGAAAAAAGAUGCAAAGCGGAAAGAAAAGGAAGAGCGCAAGGCUGCUAAGGCAGCUGCUAAGGGGCAUCCGUACUCGGGCAGCGGCCAGAGCUCUACGAACGGAAGUACGCUUAGCUUGCCGGGCCUUGGGGCCAUUGGACGACGAAGAGGCAACAGCGCUGCAUCUAACCUAAGAAUGGAGGCCACGACAGCCAAUGCAAUGGCAUCAUCCGGGAACUCAAGUAGCGCAGUCAACGCCACGUCAGCCACAGAGACGGGCGACAAGGGAAAGGGUGUUGACCGUGGUCCGGCGCAAACAUCGCCUGAGACUGAGGUGGGAAGGGCCAACGUGGAUGCUGUUCAUCCCGACAAGGCACCGACUUCUACUCCAGCUCCGCCACCUACAUCUGCACCGCGUCCCGUUCCUUCACCGCACCAGCACGCCGGGCCGUCCCACCUUCGCCAGAUGAGCAAUGCAUCCUCCGGGUCAUCCCAGCCCGAUUCCCAGCCAGGAAGCUACCAGAACCAGUCCUACCUACAGGAGGACCCUCAUGCUAGUGGCGUGUCUCUUGCUGGCAAAAGCGACGUGAGCGAUGAAGGCGGCGCAGGACGAUCCGGAGAGAAUGAGCACGACGAGACCACCAGCACAGAGCCCAUGUUCAACUACCGAAGCUUAGCGCAGAUGGUGGGAGUCGAGAUGGACGGCAUCAACGCAGGCCGCCGGCUGAGCCAGAUAGGUGAAAGCCAUGCCGAAGACGAGGCUAGUGCGGCUGUUCCAACCGAGGACAAGCGCGACUCGAUUCACGAGGCCAGCGCGGAGCACGCGGAAGAUGUAUCACCACAGCCAAAGACAGAAGAGGAUGAUAACGACAAAAUGUCCAAGAGCGUUGCGACGCUGACACAAGAAAUGAUGAAUGCCGGCCACGACGGUACCCAGGACGCAAAUGGCGCAGUGGCAACCCAGUCGAGCGGGCCCGUGAACACGCCGCAACUCAUGGUCACGCCCGAGACCCCCGUACCGGACGACGACGACGCGGCCGAGUCGAAACAGCUGGGCUUCCAGGGUACGAGGACGGUGGAGAUACCGGGGGAGAUGACCCAUUGA